AUGGCUAUGGGCAGAGCGCCCUGGUGGGCGCUGCUCUUCUCGGGCCUGAGUCUGGGGUCCGCGGCGGCGCUGCUCGUGCGCCUCAUGGCCUGGUGGAAGAACUACUCCAGGCACCUGGCGCUACGUAGCCGCGCCCUGGCCGGCGCCGCCGCCGCGCAAAAGGCACUGCCGGACGCGAAGCUCGGGGAGCUGGUGGCGUCCUUGUCGGCGCACGCGCAGGAGACCCGAGAAGCCACGGCCUCGCUGCGGCGCUCGGUUGAGCAGCAGCAGCGGCUCUACCAGGUUGCGGCAGUGGAUUUUCACCGAAAGCUGGAUGAAGCCUGGAAGAGGAAGCCCACGGUGAGCCGCAUGGAGGUGGCCCCAGAGUCGAUGCAGAUGUUGCGGUCCUUGGUAUCCUGCCAGAGCCGACGGGACAGCAGCGAGAAUGGCGCCAAAGCUCUCUCGGCGGACGCGGCCCUUCAGCAGCUCUUGCGCGGCGCUCCCGGCGCACCUGGGACGCCGCGCGGCAAGCGCUCGCUGCAGACCCUGUCCAUGAUCCUGCAGAAUCUCAUGGACAAUCCUGGGCAAGAGAAGUUCCAGGAGGUGAACGCCCUGAGCGCUCGCUUCCGCGAGACCUUCGAGGGUACCUCCGGGGCCGCCGGGCAGCUGCUGCGCCUCGCGGGCUUCGAGCAGCAAGGGGACAGCUUCCGGUGGCCGGAUGGCCGUGCAGUGAGCGAGGCGAGGCAGAUCCAAGAGAUGCUGCAGGAAGCGCUCAGGAAGAGCAGCGACGCCAAUUCCGCGCCCGCCGCUUCUGCGGCGCCUGCGGCGCCCUGGGCGAGCGCGACGGUGCAAGAGCAGCUGAGUCGGGUGGGCAGCUGA